AUGGCUGAAUCAGUGAGGAGUGAUGGUAAAGGUAAUGAUAGCAUUGAGAAUUUGAUAGCUGCAAGGAAGUCAUUGAAGUUAAGUUUAGAGAAGUCAAAAUCAUUAGGGUUUGCUCUUGAGAAAGCUGGGCCUAGAUUAGAUGAGAUGAAAGAAAGGUUGCCUUCUCUAGAGGCAGCAGUGCGCCCCAUUCGUGCGGACAAGGAAGCACUUGAUGCUGCUGGUGGCCAUAUUAACCGUGCCAUUGGCCCUGCAGCUGCGGUGCUUAAGGUUUUUGAUGCAGUUCAUGGGUUGGAGAAGUCAUUGCUAUCAGAUCCGAGGAAUGAUCUUCCUGGGUAUUUGGCGGUGUUAAAGCGACUCCAGGAGGCUUUGAGAUUUCUGGGGGAUAAUUGUGGAUUGGCAAUUCAGUGGUUGGAGGAUAUAGUGGAGUAUUUGGAGGAUAAUAUUAUGGCAGAUGAGCGGCAUCUUUUGAAUUUGAAGAAGUCAUUGAAGGGUCUUAGGGAAUUGGAAAGUGAUGAUGACAGAGCUCAUCUUGAUGGUGGGCUUUUAAAUGCUGCAUUGGAUAAAUUGGAAGGUGAGUUUCGGCAGCUUUUGACGGAACAUAGUGUGCCACUGCCAAUGUCAUCAUCUUCAACGCUUGGGGAACAGGCUGUCAUUGCACCAUCACCAUUGCCCGUGUCUGUUAUUCACAAGUUGCAAGCCGUUCUUGGGAGGUUGAGGACUAAUAACAGACUUGAAAAGUGCAUAUCGAUUUAUGUAGAAGUUCGCAGUUCGAAUGUUAGAGCUAGUUUGCGGGCACUGGAUCUGGAUUACCUUGAGAUCUCAAUAGCUGAAUUCAAUGAUGUGCAGAGCAUAGAAGGUUAUAUAGCUCAGUGGGGCAAGCAUUUGGAGUUUGCUGUGAAGCAUCUGUUUGAAGCGGAGUACAAGCUUUGUAAUGAUGUUUUUGAGAGGAUUGGCUUGGAUGUUUGGAUGGGGUGCUUUUCCAAAAUAGCUGCUCAGGCUGGCAUUCUCGCCUUUCUUCAAUUUGGGAAGACUGUUACAGAAAGUAAGAAAGAUCCAAUCAAGCUUCUGAAAUUGUUGGAUAUAUUUGCAUCUCUGAACAAAUUAAGGUUGGAUUUUAACAGGCUUUUUGGCGGAGCAGCUUGUAUUGAAAUCCAAAACCUCACGAGGGAUCUCAUUAAGAGGGUGAUUGAUGGGGCAGCUGAGAUUUUCUGGGAACUUCUUGUUCAGGUGGAGUUGCAAAGGCAGAUUCCUCCUCCUCCAGAUGGGAAUGUUCCGAUACUGGUGAGCAUCAUUACCGAGUACUGUAAUAAACUGCUUGGGGAUAAUUAUAAACCAAUCCUGAGCCAGGUUCUGGUCAUUCAUCGAAGUUGGAAGCAUGAGAAGUUUCAGGAGAGGAUUCUUGUCGGUGAGGUUUUGAACAUAAUUAAAGCCAUUGAGCUCAAUCUGGAGACAUGGACAAAGGCUUAUGAAGAUGCUAUCCUGUCUAACCUUUUUGCCAUGAACAAUCACUAUCAUUUAUCCAAGCACUUGAAGGGAACAAAAGUUGGGGAUCUCUUAGGGGAUUAUUGGUUUAGAGAACAUGAACAGUACAAGGACUAUUAUGCUGCAAUCUUCUUGCGAGAUAGUUGGGGGAAGCUUCCAGGUCAUUUAAGCCGUGAAGGCCUAAUUCUAUUCUCAGGUGGGCGUGCCACUGCCCGUGAUCUUGUCAAGAAAAGGCUGAAAACUUUCAAUGAAGCUUUCGAUGAAAUGUAUAAGAAGCAGUCUAGCUGGGUUGUGCCAGAUAGAGAUCUCAGGGAGAAGAUAUGCCACCAGAUUGUGCAGGCAGUUGUACCUAUUUAUCGGAGCUAUAUGCAGAACUAUGGUCCUUUGGUUGAGCAAGAUGGAAGUUCAAAUAAAUAUGCAAAAUACUCUGUGCAGACUUUGGAGCAAAUGCUGAGCUCGCUAUUUCUGCCCAAGCCAGGAAGAUAUGCAAGUUUCAAAGGCAGGCAGCUUAGUGACAAAUUCAGUGUUGCAGAUCUUCGACGUACAACCUCUGCGGUGGUGUGA